UUUUCCUCAUCCCUCCCCCUCCUCCCGUCCUUUUUCAUCUCGCCAUCUCCUUUCACAAACUCUCUCUCUCUCUCUCUCUCUCUCUCUCUCUCCACGACGCUCUGUAGACGCAACUAAUGCACUGACACCACCCGAGCUCCCCCUCAAAACCUCCCCUCCCAAUACCAAAACCAAAACCGCGCGUCCAUCCGAACCCUAGCUCUCUCCCUCUCCUCUCUCUUUCUCUCUCUAGAAUCGUCCUUCUCCCUCCCCCUUUCCUCGAGCUCAAUCCCGAUUCCUCCUCGGAUGAAGUAGCGGUCAUGGACGACGACGACGACAGGCCGCCAGAACCGGGGGCCGAUUUCGGCGGCGGCGGCGGCUCCAGCUGGCCGCACCUCGGCCCCUACCACGACGGCGUCUACUUCCUCGGCGCCGGCGCUACCGAGAGCAGCAUCCUCAGCGAGUUCGGAUGGAACCUCCGCCCCGACGACGAGCUGCGCGCUCCGCCGGGGCGACCCGGCCCCCGCGUCGGCGGCGGGGCCUUCGAUCCGGCGGGAGCCUCUGCGGCCGCGGGGAGGCGGGGGCGGCGGAUUCGGGGAUCCGAUCCAUCGGCGGCCGGAGGGGAGGCGUCGACGUCGAACGCGUCGGACUCGAGCGCGAGCGAGGAUCCGCCGGAGAAGUCCGGGAGCUCCGGGGCAAGCCGCCGCCCGAGACACCGAAUAAGGUCCGGAGGAAGGGCCAGAAGCGGAUUAGGCAGCCGCGCUUCGCAUUCAUGACCAAGAGCGAGGUCGACAAUCUUGAAGACGGCUACCGCUGGCGGAAGUAUGGACAGAAGGCCGUGAAGAACAGCCCGCAUCCAAGGAGCUAUUAUCGGUGCACAAAUAGCAGAUGCACAGUGAAGAAACGAGUGGAACGCUCCUCUGAAGAUCCUACCAUCGUGAUCACAACGUAUGAAGGCCAACACUGCCAUCACAGUGCCGGAUUCCCCCGAGGCGGAUUUGUCAUUAGUCGCGAUGCCACUGGCCUUGUUGGUGGACGUUUGGCUCCUCUAGCAACACAUCUGGACCAUCCACCAUUUCAGCUUCCUCAAGAAAUAAGUCCUCCUCCUCAUCCUCCCAGUAAUUAUUUAAGGUCAACCCAAUUGCCGAGUUCUUCGUCUGGAGAUUCCCGUGCAUUGCAGGUGCAUAACUUGGCAGACAUUGACCAGGGAUUGUUAGGGGACAUUGUGCCUCCGGGAAUGCGUAACCGGUGAUGGGGAAAAGUUAAAUAUGGAUGAACUUAGCCAGGUGACUUGUAGAAAGAGAAACUAUUAGGUUUUUUCGGGAGAGUAAGUCCUCAUCUUCUCAUGCAUUCGUGGACCUCACCUUAGGGGAACUGCGAUCAUGUGAGUUGCGGUGCUGAAUGUAGUAAAUUAACGCUGGUGUAGCAUAUGUGAAACCUACAUCAAGGGAUACUUAGAUCAUGUAUAUAUAUGUAAUCACCAUUCCAUAAUUUAGCUAAGCUAGAAGAAUUAACUUCGAAUGGACAUCUCUGAAUAUUUUGUAAUUCUUGCGUAUGCCAACAUGCAUUGUAAGUCUCUGAAUAUCAUUCUUGGUUCUAACCUUCGGUCUCUCUUAAGGCUAGGUGCGUAUGAAACUGUACCGUGUUAGCUUUGUUGGGUGGAGAAUUGUUUUUUGUUCCCCCUUCUUUUUUCAAAACGAUAAAACUUACUUAUAGACACGUAAAACCCCAUAACUACAAAAUACGAAAUAAUCUCAUGGAUCAAAGUAAGACGCAAGCCAUGGCAUCCUCCGGCUCAUGUUUAGUGUAACUUUACAUCAGGUUGAAGCUUAAGCGUGACUAUGGGAUGGAUCUUAUUUAUAUCCUAAUCUUUGAACAAAAAAACUGAAUGUUGAAUCAGUCUCAUCUCUCUCUCGUGUUCUCCGCUUGCGUCUGUCUCGUCUGUCUUCAUUUUGUGAAGACAAAUAUUGAUACGGUAAGUUCAUAAGGUAAUCAUUCUAAUCACAAGUAUCCGCAAUCUGCACACUUUUCCUCUCCAUUUAUCCGGCGUCUAUACAACCAGUAUUUGGGAUGUCAAUGGUUUGGUUCAGAUUGGUUCUUACUUCUUAGUAAUACCCGAACUGGAUCAUACGUAAACACUGUAUGUUUAUUGUGGCCCAAAGCACAGUUCACGUUGGGUUUUCGUCUUUCCCCCUUUUUUUUCUUUCGUUCCUUCUUGCCUCAUAGAGGGGGCUAACCUUAUUCAAUGAACACCCCCAAAAAAAUCCCAACUAUCCAUUUGCUUGAACCAUAAUUCACGAAGAAGAAGAUGAAGAGGAUGCCAACGGCAGCAGCGAGGAGGAUGCGAGGACAAAAGGAUGCAAGUCCUUGGCCAUGGACAUGAGGGGGCCAGCUCACGAGGACUUGAAGAGGUGGGAAUCGCUGACCCCAAGUGUCAGUUCUAGGGGCGGCUUGGCCAGGUUGAAGUCCUCUGACGAGGGUGCGACAGAGUCGUACUAUGACCCAGUGAACGCUGCCGACAACCCCGUUUCGCCUGCAGUGUCUCCCAGCACGUCUCCUCCGUAUGACGGCAAAGGAGGGAGAGAGACUGCCAGGAGGUGGAGAAGAAGUUGAUAGAGAAGGAGAUGUUGAUUAGACGGCAAGUUAUGCGUGAGGAAGAAGAAGCAAUAGCAGGUGAAAGAAAAUAGAGAAACGAUGGACGAUGAAAACGAAUCUGGGGAUUUCUUUCUCCUUUGAGUUUCAAUUGUUUCACUAAAA